UAUUCUUGCUUGCUUUGAAUGCCACUUCUGAUUUUCAAGUUUUCAACUUUAUCCUUUAUUAAUGUGUUUGAUGGAGCUUUAUACUUUUAUUUUUGUGCAAUGUUUGAAACCCAUUUUUCAGAAACAUUAUCGCUCAAUGUUGUAGCAUCUACUAUUCUCGUUUCUUUGAGUCUCAUUAACACUCAAAUUGUUGGAAGAUGACAAUUAUGCAAAGUGAGCAGCCUAAGCAUGGCCAACAAGAAAAGAGCUGUAAUAAUCUUCAUAACAACUUUGAUCUAAAUGUAACUGCUCAAGAGCUGGAGGAAGAGCCCGAUUUGCAGUGCGAGUUAAUAGAAAAUCACUAUAGCCAAUACCGAGAGAAGCAUGUAGAUAACCAUAAUAUGGAAACUGAUAAACAUGAAGAGCUGGUACCUCGAGCAAAGACUUCUGAUGGAUCCGUUGAUCACUUGUUGAUUCUAGCACAAUCUGCUGAGAUAUUAGCAGCACAAUCUGAGGAUAGCGGGCCUAGCACACAUACAACAAACAACCAAAAUCAAGAUCACACGUGCUCUCAAGAACUACUUGAUAGAUCGUCAUCAGGAACCCGAUUAACUCAAAUACGGAAGCAAGCUAGAUCUAAAUAUCUUAUAUCUGAUCAAGAUACGGAUGAGGUUAACCAAUGCAAACCUUUACAAGGAAAAACAGUGCGCCUGAGCGAAAUAAAGCAUCAAGCUAGAUGUAAAAGCAAGAAUGAUUUGUCAUCAUCACAAACAAUCACUGGACUGAGAAACUACCAGCGACAAGGAAAGAUACUGCGACUAAGUCAGAUGAAACACCAAGCUCGUUCCAAAAACAACGCAGCGGUGAAAGAAGGGACAGAGGAACAUAUGUGCAUAAGUCAACAUUCUAACAGAGAUAGAGUGAUGCGGGAUAGUGAAAAUCACAAGGAAUGUCAACAUGAUGCAAAGCGAUUAAGGUCAUUCAAGACUAAAAAACCCAAGAAACAGUUAAGGACGGAGUGCGUAAGAAGUUCUGCAGGUACAAGAUUGCAAGAUGGUGCAAUUUUGCCAAAACAUAAAGAUCUAAUCAGUUGUCGACAAGAGCUUCCUCAAACUUCUGGCUGUACUGAGGAUUUAGAAACAAACUUUAGUGUAAAUAAACUCCGCGCACAUCAUGGAUCAAAUGAAUCGUCAGAGCUCAGAUGCGAAUCUCUUCAAUAUAUUCCAAACAGACUUCCGGUGCCAAACAAUGUACUUUUGUUCACAGGAUUACCAAAUUACACAUUUCAGCUAUAUGAUCCAAAUUUUGGGCCAAUGUUGUACAUGAAUCAUGUGCAGCUCAAGGAAUAUCACCGUGUUAUUUCGCGCCGGCAUAGAGCAGAUCGUAUAAAAGAGCUAAGGGCGUUGAAGUAUAAGCAACAAAAAUCAAAGAAUUAUGUACUAGAAACAAAUUCAGAGGUGCAAAAAGAAAAUCUACCUGUAAAAAGACUACGCUUAACUCAACUGAGACGUGAAGUUCGUAUAGGGAAUCAAUGUUCUGUCAUGCAAGGACCUGGUGAAAAUUAGAGAAGUGUUUGGCUGUAGCAAGAAUUUUAGGGGACUAGAAUGCAUUACAAGAACAAGUCCUGCAAAGCUGCCGUGGACAUUUGUGCUACCCUGCAUUUUAAGAUGAUGUUUUGUAUAUACUCUUCAUGACAAAAUUCUGAUAAGUUUUAUUUGGUAAUUGUUUAUCCUUUGAGAUAUAUAAAUACAAAAUGAUUAAACAGUUGUUUGAGUCUUUGAAUAUGUCGGCGGUAUCACUAUAAUGUAUCGGAAUUACAAAA